AUGUCGGAACCCCUGUCGUCGCCCACGCUUUCGUCUAGUUCAUCGUCGUUUGAUAUCCCGUCUCCCCCAACGUACGAUUCGGACGACGAAAUAGUGUGGAGCCUGUCCUCAUCGUCUAUCUCGACCGGCUCGUCCAACGAUUUUGUAGUCUUAAGUCGGGCGUUGUCCCCCAGUAACGCCACCCCAGAAACACCAAGCCCAGAUAGCGUGUCGGAAUCAUCAUCAUCAGAACUCUCAUUCAGUGUGGACAGUCUAUCGUCCAGCCAUGUGUCGGCGUCGGUCCCAGUGUCAUCAUUACCACCUCCGCUCCCGCUGAUGCCAAGCCGUAUACUCAAUGUAGACUACCCAACACCGACUGCCACCCCUACUCCUCGAGUAACGUCUCAAAGUACUCCGGCGCUGAUACCAAGUUUAACGGUCCCUGCUGGUCCCACUAAAGCCCAGUUAAAGCGGAUUCAGAAGGCGGCGGAGGAUGCGAAGCUGGCAUCGGAGGAGCAUCGACAAAAGUUGCUUAGGAAAGCCGCGGCUGUUUUAGCAGAGAGGAAAGCGUUGGCCCAGAAGGCCACCGCCAAAGCGCAGUCAGCACAAGCCAGAGCACAAGCAGUCAAGGGUAAAAGUUUGCAACAGGUUGCUGAGGAGAAGAAGUCCGCAGACAAGGCGACGAAGAAAGCGAGAAGAGCGCGAAAGAGCGCGAGGAAGGCGAAGAAGAACUUGGUCCAGGCAGAGAAGGCGGCGAAGGCAGUUGCAAAGGCAGUCAACGCAGUACAGACAACGGCUGCGAAGAUCAAGAAGCAAGCAACCCAAGUUGUGCGGACAUCGAAGAAAUCCCCUCCCACAACCCCCAAGGCUGCGACUAUAUCGGUUGGUCUGGGCUCGAGGCCCGUCAUAGACGACUCUGCCGCAUCCGAAGUUGCGUCCGAAAAAGGGGACGAUCCUUCAUCCUUCGCGGAAGCGUCUCAAUUCAUCACAUCGUACAUCAACGACCCAGAAACUGCUCAGACGAAGAGCAAGGUCCAUCGUCUCGCGCUCCUGCAAUCUAUCAUUGUCGAAUUUGGUGUGGGUACGACAUCCAUGCUGCCGCGUACCAUCACCGCGGCGAAGGCGUUCGUCAAGUCUACUGUGUUCGUCAACGUGCAGGACUAUCUCACCGUCCGCACGCAAGGCCAGGAUGCCUUGAAACGUAUCUUGCUCCCGAGCAAGAAAGCCCUCAUCAAGGACAUCCGUCGAACGGGACCAACCCCGCGUACCCUUGUCAAGCAACACGGUUUGCAAGCCCUACUUGUCUUGACCCACUGA